CGACAUUCACCGCGUAGCAGCAUGAAGGUCACUAAAGGACUAAAACAGAAAUCGUUAUCUGGUUACUUUGGAUCGUCUUCUCCCCCAAGGCCGGACUCAGCCUCCAGCAGAGCAAAGGCUUCGCCGCCUUCGAGGACCGCCAAGCGCAAGCGACCAGCACUCUCAAAGCGGCGCGCACCGGAGAGCGACCCUCCUUCAGAAAACGACAAUGGUAGCACGAGUAGCGAUGUCGGAGGGAUUGCUUUUGAACCCCAGGUUAUCGUGGUGAGUUCUGACGGGGAAGAUGUGAACGAUUCCCCGAAAAGGCCGGCCGCUACACAGCGAAAAGUACGAAAGAGGAGGGCCGAGAGCGUGGAGAAGCUACCAGUCACUGUCUCCAGUGAGAGUGAAGACACAGUUGGGGUACCUGUCAAUUGGAAAGGCAAGGCGAAAGCUCCGAAUCCCAGGAGCAAACGGAAGCGGGCGGUUUUAGACAGCGACUCUGAUGAAGACCCACAGCCUCGCAAGUCGAAGCUAGUCAAGGGUGUCAGACCACCCACGCCGGAGACGGGAGAUGAGGAUCUACUUGAAGAGGUAGAAGAAGCACGGAUAUUGGAGAGUCGAUUGCGCGUGAGAGAUAAAAGGUCCCAGUAUCAGAAGAAUUUGGAGAAGCUUAAACGGAAGAAACGCGGGGAAGCUACGGCAGCCGAAUCGUUGUCCUCGAGCGAGGAGGAGGAUAAUAGGAUAAUUCCUGGUGCUCGGCCUACUCACGAGAUCUCAUCGGAUGCAUCAGAAGAAGAAGAGCCUGAAUAUGGAGGGCUAAGCGGUUUCAUCGAGGAAGACAGUAAUCAAGCUAUCGAGCUCCCCGCGGAAUACAGUAUGAACACCUACCAGGACUUGAUGCAUCACUUCAAGAUUAUUUGUCAGCUAUUCGUGCACCUUGCUGUCCAGCCUGUAGAGCAGCGGCGAGAUUUCCUGCAACAGAGUCUGAAAGACCAGUACUUCUCGAUUCCUCUGCAGAUUGCUCGCCGGAAAGUCACUGGCAUGCGAGACUCACUAGUGACCUCUUCCGUAUGGCGAACCGCGUUCAAAAAGCCGCUUGAGAUGUAUCCCGAUUUUGAAACGGUCCAGAUGGAUUUCGCCGUGCCAAAUUGCGACGCAUGUCGUCUGGGUGGUCGCAUGUCGACGCUUACAGGCAGGUGUUUUGGGGAGCCGUAUGACCGACUGACAUUUGAAUCGCUGUCGGAGAGCGAUACUGGCGACGACGAGGACGAAGAAGAGACGUCAAAGAAAGAGUUCAACCUUGGCCGGUUCUGUGCACGUCGCACUCGUGUGUUCCACAAGUUCACGCACUGGGAGUACGCUCUCUUCAGAUCUCUCAACCAAGAAGUAGAGGAUUUGCGCAACAGAUCUUCUAAGCAGCGUGUGUACGUCCCGGUCGCAUACGCCAGCGGCAGCAGGCCUCCAGACGAUUUGUCGGAUGCAGAUGGUAUCAUGAAUUGGUUCGAUGAACGAGGCCUGAUUUCCGCCGAGUGGCAAAAAAUGAAGGAGAUGAUGGAGAGUGCCCGCAACUUGGAAGUAGCAUCUAAGCGGGGCGAGGACGACGACUAGCCUGAUUAUAGAUUGCAUGACUGACGAUGUGGUUGCCUGGUUUCA